AUGGUUAAAGAAACAACACAUCAGGCGACAUCCACUAUGAAGAACCAUCUCACGUUUUAUGUCAAUGGAAAAGAAAUUAUUGAGCGUCAUGUUGAGCCGGAAUGGACUCUUCUUUGGUAUCUGAGAAAUAAAUUGAAACUUACUGGCUCGAAAUUGGGUUGUGGUGAAGGUGGUUGUGGGGCAUGUACAGUUGUCAUUUCCCGAUUUAUCGAUCGACAUUCUGGUGAAAUUGAACAUCGAACAGUGAAUGGUUGUUUGGCACCUCUCUGUUCUGUUGAUGGAUGUCAUGUCAUCACUGUCGAAGGAUUAGGUUCUGUGAACAAGUCGAAUCUUCAUCCCAUUCAAACUCGUCUAGCUGAACUAUUCGGUUCACAAUGUGGAUUUUGUACACCGGGCAUCGUCAUGUCUCUUUAUGGAACUGUCACAUCAACAACUAAUUCAUUACCGACAAUGCAAGAUAUUGAAGAAUCUUUCGAUGGAAAUCUUUGUCGAUGUACUGGAUAUCGACCGAUUCUCGAUGCUGCGAAAUCAUUCGCAAGUGAUACAAAUAAAUUACCUCACAAAGAAUCGUCACCAUCAAUAUCGACUACAUUCGACAAAUGUAUGUUGUUUGUCAAACAAAAUUCAAUACCUGAUCAAAUCGAAUUCCCUCAAAAACUCAAACAUUAUAUUCCCCAAUCGAUUCAUAUCAAAGGUUCCUUGAUUGAAUGGUAUCGUCCCGUAUCACUCAAUGAACUACUUCAUCUUCGUCAUACUUAUCCAGGUGAUGCAUCAAAACUUGUCUUCGGAAAUACUAGAGUACAAAUCCAGAGAAAAUUUAAACAACUUCAAUGUUCCUGUCUCAUUGCUAUAACACAUAUCGAAGAAUUGCAACAACUCAAGCGAACUACGGAUUCAUUAUAUCUCGGUGCUGGUAUCACAUUUACAUGUUUAAAAUCAAAAUUAAGCGAAUGGUAUAAUGAAAAAAUCAAUGAUGGUGGCAUUUGUCAAGCACUACUCGAUCAACUUCAACGUUUUGCAUCGACACAAAUCCGAAAUGUUGCCUCUCUCGGAGGCAAUAUUAUCAGUGCUUCACCCAUUUCAGACAUCAAUCCAGUGUUACAAGCUGCAGGUGCUGUCCUUGAAUUACAUCGUGCCGAUAGUAGUGCUGUGCGUCAAAUUUCAUUGUGCGAAUUUUUCCUCGGUCAAGGUCGUGUAUCGAUGAUAGAUAAUGAAGUUCUUGUUGCCAUUCGAAUUCCUCUUCCGAAUCCAUCCAGUAAAUCUUUUCUUCGAUCAUACAAACAAUCCCGUCGUCGAGAUGAUUCGAAAGGAAUUGUUAGUGCUGGAUUUCAAGUUGAACUUCAACAAUCAAAUUCAAUUGAUAAUCAAUGGAAUAUUAUUUCAGUUUGUUUUUCAUUCGGUGGAAUGGCAUCGAGAACAAUUAUGACAAAAAAUACUCAACAAGAAUUAGUUGGACUAUCUUGGACGAAAACAACUAUGAAUAAAGCAUGCGAAUUGAUUCUCAAAGAAAUGCCACUUGAUGAAAUGAGUCCAGGUGGACAACCAGAAUAUAGACGCACACUGGUUCAAUCAUUUCUUUUCAAAUUCUAUGCCUAUGUGUGCUUGGAACUGCGCCAAUCAACAGAUGAUUCGAUUCAUCUUUCGAUUGCUUAUCCUUAUCAUCGGCCAAUCUCUCAUGGUCAACAGACAAUACCCGAACGACCUCAAUCCCAGAAAGUCGUCGGUAGUUCAUUGUCACAUCGAUCAGCUUAUUUACACACGACAGGAGAGGCAAUAUAUGGAGAUGACAUGCCAUCGUUGGUCAAUACACUUCAUGCUGCACUUGUUCUCAGCACACAACCCAAUGCUCGAAUCAAACAUAUCGAUAUUGGAGUUGCUUCACAAGUACCUGGCUUCGUGUCAUUCAUCAGUCAUACAGAUGUGCCAGGUUCGAAUAAAUCGGCUACUCCUAUUGAAGAUGAAGAAGUAUUUGCAUCAUCGAUUGCGCAUUGUAUUGGUGCUAUUAUUGGUGUUGUUGUUUGUGAAUCAGAAGAAUCCGCAUAUAUAGCUUCGAAUCUAGUCAAAAUUGAAUAUGAAUUAUUGACUCCGACAAUUUUUACAAUUGAAGAUGCCAUCAUUCAUGAAUCUUACUUUGGUAAUGAAAUCUCUCUUCAACAAGGUGAUAUUGACAAGGGUUUUGCUGAUGCUGAACACACGUUGGAAGCAACAGUAUGGAUCGGUGGUCAAGAACAUUUCUAUAUGGAAACACAGUGUUGUAUGGUCAUACCGUCAAAUGAUGAUCAAGAAGUCACAUUAUAUUUAGCAACCCAAAGUCCAGCCACGGCUCAACAGAUGGUCGCAUUAGCACUUGGGCGACAUGUUAGUCGUAUAACGUGUCAUGUGAAACGAAUUGGUGGCGCAUUUGGCGGUAAAGCUACGCGAUCAAUCCCUCCAUGUAUUGCCAUUGCGGUGGCCGCCGUCAAAGUUGGCCGUCCUGUUCGUUUACAUCUUGAACGUCAUAUUGAUAUGUCCAUUACUGGACAUCGACAUCCAUUCAAGAUCACUUAUAAAGUAGGCUUCACUGAUGAAGGUCGCUUUUCGACACUUGAUAUUCAAAUGUGGAGUAAUGCCGGGUGUUCCUUAGACUUAUCAGAGUCCAUCAUGGAAGUUGCUAUGCUUAAAAUCGACAAUUGCUAUCAAUUUCAUAACAUUCGAAUACGUGGCCGUGUUUGCAAAACACAUUUGCCAUCAAACACAGCCUUUCGUGGUUACGGUGGUCUACAAGCAACAUUGGCAUGUGAAACAAUUGUUGAACAUGUUGCUACAUAUCUCAAGCGUGAUCCGUUUACUAUUCGUCGUCUCAAUUUAUUAAAAGAAGGUGACAUAACUCAUUAUGGACAAAAAUUAGAACAAUGGCAUGUUCCUCGAAUUUUGGAUGAACUUAGUCAAUCAAGUGAUUUUAUUCAACGAAAAUUAAGUGUUGAUGAAUUUAAUCGUACAAAUAAAUAUCGAAAACGUGGUAUAACAAUGAUGCCAGCCAAAUAUGGUAUUGGUUUCUUGGCUCAAUUUUACAAUCAGGCAGGUGCUCUAGUGCAUAUCUACAAAGAUGGUUCAGUAGUAGUUACUCAUGGAGGUGUUGAAUUUGGACAAGGUUUGCAUACAAAAAUGAUAUCAAUAGCUGCCGAAGUAUUGGGUUGUGAUGUUGAUCGAAUACGAAUUAGUGAAACGGCAACGGAUAAAGUUCCCAAUGCAAGUUCAACAGGCGCUUCAGUUUCAUCAGAUCUUAAUGGAAUGGCUGUUCGACACGCAUGUGAACAAAUUCGUGAAAGAUUAAAUAGAUUUCUUGUUGAUAAGAAUAAUGCACAUAUUUCGUGGGAAGAUCUGAUCAACCAAGCAUAUCAUGCUCGUAUCGAUCUGUGUGCACGGGGGUUCUAUGCAACACCUGACAUGUUCGAUGCUGAUUUUAGUCAAAAUCGAGCUACUGUCAAUUAUUUCACACAAGGUGCAGCAGUGACUGAAGUCGAAUUGGAUGCAUUGACAGGUGAUUGGCAUCUGUUGCGUGUUGAUAUCCUCAUGGAUGUUGGCACAUCACUCAAUCCUCAAAUUGAUAUUGGCCAAAUUGAAGGUGCCUUUAUGCAAGGUGUUGGUUUGUUCACCAUGGAAGAACUUAUUUGGGGUGAUAAUAAACGGCAUAGAUGGAUAAAACCGGGUGAAUUAUUUAGUCGAGGACCCGAUACUUACAAAAUACCCUCAUUCAGCGAUAUUCCACUCGACCUACGUGUUUCACUCUUAUCCGAUUCAAAGAAUCCACGAGCUGUCUAUUCAUCAAAGGGCAUUGGUGAACCCCCAAUCUUACUUAGUGCUUCAGCCUUCUUUGCUCUGAAACAAGCAUGUAUUGCCUAUCGAGAACAACAAGGUUUCUCGGACUAUUUUACACUUCAUUCACCAGCUACUGUCGAACGACUUCGAAUGGCCUGUGCCGAUGAGUUUACUCAUCGUGUAUGUCUGGAUGAAUAUCUGACAUUCCAACCCAGAGGCUCCUACUGA